AUGCGUCCGAAAAGCCGCAACGACUUUGCCAUCGCGAUUAUCUGUGCCCUUCCACUCGAAGCUGACGCCGUUGAGGCCCUUUUUGAUGAGCACUAUGACCGGCUGGGAAAAUACUAUGGCAAACAACGGCGCGACGCGAAUGCAUACAUCAAUGGACGGAUCGGCAAACAUGAUGUGGUUCUUUGCUAUAUGCCGGGAAUGGGAAAAGGAAGCGCGGCAAGUGUUGCUGCAAGUCUGCGAGCCAGCUACACGGGCAUUGAGCUUGCUCUGGUUGUUGGUAUCUGUGGAGGCGCUCCACCACCACCGAAGUAUCAGGAUAUAUUCCUAGGCGAUGUGAUCAUCAGUGAUUCGGUAAUCGAAUAUGACUUUGGCAGACAAUACCCUGGUGGUUUCCAAAGGAAGACUGGCGUCAAGGACACGUUGGGCAGGCCUGGCCCCGAGAUUCGGGCAUUCCUUAAUGGUCUUCGUGCUGAGAAGACCCGCAAUGAACUCCAGAGCCAGACACAACAAUAUCUUCACACUCUCCAACAAAGGACGAAGUGGUGUCACCCAGGGGUUAGUGAUAUCCUUUUUAAGGCCUCUUAUCUUCACAAGCAUUACAGUCAUACUUCUGCUGCUGGUUGCUCCUGCCUUGGUAGUGACUCAUUUGGUCAAGUUUGUGAUCAAAUCUGUGAAGAGGCAUUAGGGAAGGAUUGUGAUGAUCUCAAUUGCGAUAAAGGUCAACAAAUCCGAUGUCGAGAGAUCUCAGAAGCCAAGCCUAUCUCUAUAUAUAUUGGACCAGUUGCUUCUGCCGAUACGGUCAUGAAAUCUGGACAGCAUCGUGAUGAGAUCGUCAAAACAGAGAAGGUUAUCGGCUUUGAAAUGGAGGGCGCAGGGGUGUGGGAGAAUGUCCCCUGUAUCAUCAUCAAAGGGGUUUGUGACUAUGCCGAUAGUCAUAAGAGCAAGUUAUGGCAAGCAUAUGCAGCAGCAACUGGAGCGUCAACAGCAAAAGCUUUUCUGGAAUACUAG